AUGACUGUUGCUGUCACUGCUGCUGCUGCCGGAGGAGACACAGUCCAGAAGACCAGCAGACAAGACGAAUCUCACAUUGAUCAGUGGAUGGAAAAAAGGCUUUCUUUGGUGUUUAUCACGAACCGUCCAGAAGAGGCCUCUUUUGCCAAGAGGAGGAACAACGGGCCCUUGCCUGCCACUGAAUCCAUUGAUAAGAGCGUCUCUUCUGAGGAUUAUGAUGUGUCAAUAUCUCAAUUUGUCGGUGGAGGCAGAGUUGCAUCCAUCCGUAACGUCACAGCCCAAGCUGCCAAGGUCCAGCACAAGAGAGAUAUCGAGCCCCAGACGGUUGCAUUGGAUGAGGAGGAGAUGCAGUUACACCCACCAGACCACCAUGUGGAAGUGGGACUUCCUACUCCGUGCAAGCAAUCAUUCAGCGCGAAUUAUCAACCUCAUCCCCGUAGCAAUGAACAAUCAAUCCUUGACAGGGUUGCUUGGCGUAACCGGGCCGUCGAACCCCAGAAGUUGAUGGAGAAAAAUCUGACCGCCUGUGAUGGAUCAAUCCGACUUGUUCGUUUAUCUGAGCAGGGAUCUCUGAUGUCAACUUGUGUGAACCAACAGCAGCAGCAGCAGCAGCAGCACAAGAGGAAAUCCCCGCCAUGA